AAAAUUUAUAUGUCAAUGAGUGAGUACUGUAUAUAUACUGAAAAUAUAGUCAAGUGAUGAAAUAAUCUAAGCGAGACAAGAACAAGUCCAAGAAGUCGAAAAGAGAAAUAGAUCCUAUUGAUCCUGUCAGCUAUUUAAUAUGCAGCAGCAGCAUCAGAACAACCCCAACAUCACUCAUCUAGUCCCCAUGUCUAACUAUGACGUUGCUGAGCUAAAGUUGGAAAAUGGUCAUUUGGCAAUUCAUGGGCUUGGUGGGAUUGUUCCCACUGCUCUGGAAAAGGCCACCUGGAGCAAUAAGGCAUGUGACACACUGGAAUCAAUAGUCCAUCAAGCUACAUGCCACAAAGUACCUAAAACAAAUUUAAGCUCAAUGGUUGCAUCCUCUGGUGGAACAUGGACUGAAGAUUCCGGCCAGCAGCCUUUGGAAAACAGUUGGAUCAGGAACUGUACCCGAUCGGAUUCCGACUAUCAUGGAAAGAAUGUUAGUAGUACUAGUACUACUAGCAAUGUUCAUGAAGAACAGACCGAGUACCAGAGGGACAAUGAUACAACUCUAAACACAUGGGUUUCUUUUGAAUCGGCUAGGAGCAAAAGCAAUGACGACGAUUCCACUUGUCACGAGGGAUUGGAAAACCAAGACAAAGGACGAAAGACCGCAAAGGGCAAUGAAUCAAGCCGUUCACGAUCACGAUCACGGCGAGUUGCUGCCAUCCAUAAUCAGUCAGAGAGGAAACGAAGAGAUCGGAUCAAUCAGAAAAUGAAAGCUCUACAGAGGUUGGUGCCAAAUGCCGAUAAGACUGACAAAGCUUCAAUGCUCGACGAGGUGAUAAAAUACUUGGAACAGCUUCAAGCACAAGUUCAAAUGAUGAAUAGCAUGAGGAAUAAUAUGCAUCCCCAUAUGAAUAUGAUGAUGCCUUUAGGAAUGCAGCAGCAGCAACAUCUUCAUCAAAUGUCAGUCCUAGCGCGCAUGGGAAUGACUCCUGUUGUACCUGGCUCGCUAGGAAUGGGAAUGCUCGACGUAAGCAACAUGGCAAGAAUUGCUCCUCAUCAAUCUCUACAGCAGCCGCUCAUUCAUCCUACUCCUGCAUCAUUUCUUCCACCCUUUAUGGUGCCCCAACUGAUGCCGCCAAAGCCUGACCCUGCCACUAGUGCUAAUUUUGCUGAUCCAUAUCAUGCCCUCCUAGCACAACAGCAAUCAAUGAAUAUGGACCUGUUCAACAGGAUGGCAGCACUGUACGGUCAACAAGUCAAUCAUCAGACGGCAGCAAGCAGCCCAUCACAGUCAAACAAUUAAGAAGAAGAAGAACGAGUGAUUGCCUUGGCCUAGUUGGUGUAAGCUGUGACUUUGAAAAAUAUCUCUGUUGGCAUUACUAAUAAGUGUUCCAUAUUGUAUUUUCUUUCCUCUGCAUAUGUUUCACAAAAUGUGGAUUAGUUUACUCUUGC